AUUGACACGCUUUAUGUUAUUUGGCAUAAAGGCAGUACAAACUGUUUUACUAUUACUUCUCUUCAUGAGUCCUAUUCGUUUGAUUCCACUUGAGUGUGUUUGUUUAUUAGGUCAGGAUACAGGUGAUUUUUGAAUCUCAGAAAAUGCCGAUUUUAGUAAAGGAUUUCACUUGGACCCAAACAAUGGAUACGUUACACAUACGUAUACCAAUAAGCCCUGUGUUCAAGGAAAAAGUUGAUAUUUUUACCUUUGAUUCAUACGUUAAAAUACAUUUCAGUCCUUUCCUAUUCGAAGUAUUUCUCUUACACGAUAUUGACAACGACAAGAGUAAAUGUUUGGUAAAAGAUGAUAUUAUAAUUCUAGAUUUAGUUAAAAUUGACAGUUGUAAUUGGGAGAAUUUAGAGAAAGAAUUGACCAAACCUGAAAAAAUGAAACUAAAACAAGAAAUCUUGGAAAAAAGUCAAGCGAAAGCCAAACAGGAGGCUGAGGACAAACAUAUAAAGAAAACUCAAUUAGAUAGAUUCACAGUCCAACGAGCUAUGGACAUAGACACGAUGCAACAUAACUUGAUGGAAUCUAGAAGAGACAAUGAAAGAAAAUCGGCUAUGGAUGCCCUGGAAAAUUGGAGAGUGACUUCAGUGAAUAAAACUAACAAUUUUAAAGAAGAAACAAACAAAACGAGCUCCGGAGUUAAAAUAGUUGAACUACCUCCGUCAGACGAUGAAGAAGAUAAGAAAAAAGCUGUAACAACAGUUAAAAAAGUGAAUAAACAGUCUCUACAGAAGAAGCCAGUUAAGACACCAGUAAGGUCAGAGUAUAUUGAAAAGAAGAAGGAAGAAACGGCAAAGCGUGUUCUGCCAAAACUAAGAGAGGCAGGAGAGUUGAUAAUCACGCACACACCGAGAACAUUUCCGACUCCUAGUCGCGAGUCCACAGCUUUAGAGGAAGAAACAUGGCUCAAAAACGUUACAAUGGCAAGGAGAGCUACAGGGUUUGUCUCCGAGGAUCUUCGUCCAGAAGAGCAAGAUCCCCAGUGGUGUAAAGAGAAAGGUGACGAGUUCUUCCGUAAUGGAAAUUUCUUGGGUGCUAUCAGUGCGUACACGCACGGUAUUACGCUGUCCGACAAGUUGCCUAGCUUGUUUGCGAACAGAGCAGCCACACAUUUUGCCCUUGGAAAUUUUAACAAAUGCCUGAACGAUUGUUCCACGGCCCUGGAUCUGAUGAAGCCACAUUGCGAAGGCAAUCGUCGAAGCCGCGGGAAAUGUAUAGCUCGCCGCGCGGCCGCGCUUGUUAGAUUAGGCUACCUGAGCAAAGGCAUCGAUGAAAUGAAAGCAGCUGUUAAACUACUGCCCGAGGACGAGGAUAUAAAGAAAGACUUGUAUGAUAUGGAGAGAGCGUGGGAGCAGAAUCCUGAUUCUGAUUAGGCUUAAAGGCUGUUUUCUUUCGCGUCCUUUAUGUAAUGAAAGAAAUAAGUUUAUCUUUGGGUGAAUGAAUACAAUUAACGACAAUAAAUGAUUUAAAUGAUAUAAUUGCAAACGCCCUUCUGUGGUCCAUUUGUCCACUGCACUAGCUGUUUAAAAUAUGUAUGACCAAAUUGUAUAUCAGAGUUA